AUCAUUAAUUGAUUAAACUAAGCUAGUUUUAAUUUAGAAGUGCCAGUGUAAAUACAUAGCGAUAUGUAUUUACUCCUCGGCCUAACUCUAUUGGGGGGCGCCCUCGCUGUCCCUCUCUCCACCAACACCGUGCUUCGGAACGACGACCUAGCCGCUCAAUACGUAUUACCAGGAGAGUCCUAUCCCACGUUCUAUGAUGUCAGACUCUUUCUUAACCCGGACAACCCUGAUUAUUUCUACGGCAACGUUUCUAUGAGGAUCCUUGCUAACUAUGAGACAAAUGUUAUAGUUAUUCAAGCUAUGGAGACAGAUAUUGAUAGUAUUAGAGUGUAUAGAGAUGGAGAUGAAGAUGAAAACUUGUUUGAUAGCUUUGAUUUAGCUACAGAUGACACUCAUCUGCUUACGAUCAACUUGACAAGAGAGAUCAGUCCUAACCAGCCGUAUAACAUACAUAUUGAUUACGUGGCGAACUUCGCUGAGAACAUGUUUGGAGUUUAUUUGUCUACGUAUCAGGCUGAGGAUGGUACUCCUGCCCGUCUGAUAACGUCGCAGCUGCAGCCGACGUUUGCGCGGCGCGCGUUCCCCUGCUACGACGAGCCGGCGCUUAAAGCUGUCUUCAGGACCACUAUAUACGCCCCUGCUGCGUACCCUGUUGUCGUCUCUAACAUGCCUGAAAGAACGACGAACUUGAAAGAAGACGUCGACGGCUUCGUGAAACACGAAUUCGAAGACACGCUAGUGAUGUCCACAUAUCUCCUCGCUUACCUCGUAUCCACGUUUGAGUCCGUCACCAAUACCGAAGAUUCUGUAUACCGCGUGCCCUUCAAAGUGUACACACGGCCCGGUAUUUUGGACACUGCCGAGUUCGCGAUGGACUUUGGCCAGAAGAACAUGGUGGCGUUAGAGGAGUAUACGGAGUUUGAGUACGCGUUCCCUAAGCUGGAUAAUGUCGCUGUCCCGGAUUUUGCUGCUGGUGCUAUGGAGAACUGGGGGCUGAUUGUUUACAGGGAAGUGGCACUUCUCGUCACUGAAGGUGUGACCACGACCUCUACCAAGCAAAACAUCGGUCGUAUCAUUAGCCACGAAAACGUCCACCAGUGGUUUGGCAAUGAGGUUGGACCGGCCUCUUGGACGUACACUUGGCUGAAUGAGGGCUUCGCUGCUUUCUUCGAGAGCUUUGCUACUGAUAUGGUGCUCCCAGAAUGGCGUAUGAUGGACCAGUUUGUUCACAUCCUCCAAGGCGUGAUGCAGAGCGAUGCAGUCCUUAGCGUCAACCCCAUGACCAACCCUGUGUACACUCCCUCGCAAAUCCUUGGCACCUUCAACGCCGUAGCUUACCAGAAAUCGGGCUCCGUCAUUCGUAUGAUGCAGCACUUCCUCACGCCCGAAGUGUUCCGGAGAGGGCUCGUUAUCUACAUACAGGCCAAUUCCCGAGCCGCCGCUACACCAGCCAGCCUCUACGCGGCCAUGCAAGAGGCCCUUAAUGAGUCCAAUCACACCAUUCCCUACCAAUUGGCUACAGUCAUGACUCGCUGGGAGACUCAAGGCGGUUUCCCGGUUCUGAACGUGAGGCGCACGUCACCUGAGUCUAACUCUAUCUUCGUAGAUCAGGAACGCUACCUGACCGACCGCUCGCAGACCUCCGCUGAGCGCUGGCACGUGCCUCUCAACUGGGUGCUGUCUACCAACAUCGACUUCAGCGACACCAGUCCGCAAGCCUGGCUGCCGCCGACCUUCCCUGCCACGUCCUUCAACAUCCCCGGUCUGGCUGACGCUGAGUGGUUCAUUGUUAAUAAGCAACAGACUGGUUACUACAGAGUGAACUACGAAUCUACCAACUGGGAGGCUUUGACGAAGGUCUUGGCCGAAUCUCACGAGACCAUCCACGUCCUCAACAGAGCUCAGCUCGUCGACGAUGCCUUCAACCUGGCAAGGAACGGUCGUCUUGACUACCGCCACGCGUUCGAGCUGUCCUUGUACCUGGAUAAUGAGAAGGACUACAUUCCCUGGGGAUAUGUGCAGAAAGCCUGGGAUUACCUGGACGUGGUGCUCAGUGGCUCAGCAGCGUACGAAAUUUUCCAAGAAUACGUCUUGAAGCUCACGGCGCCCAUGUACGAGGAGUUGGGCUUCAACGCUUUAUCCACCGAGGAACAUGUGACCGCGUACUACAGGACCAUCAUGCUGGACUUCAACUGUCGCUACGGCAACCAAGACUGUCUUGAUAGGGCGUCGGAGCUGCUCCAGCAGUUCAGGGACAAUCCUACUCAACGCCUCAACCCUGACAUUCAGACGACGGUCUACUGCGCCGGUCUCCGCGGUGGAGACCAAGAUAACUUUAACUUCUUGUGGCAGCUGUUUGAAGCCAGCACCGACUCUAGCGAACAAUCCAUCUUGCUAAGCGCUAUGGGAUGUACCGGCGAUGAGACAAUUAGGCAAAAUUAUCUGAACCAAGUGAUCGAUGACGAAUCGCCCGUGAGACAGCAAGACAAGCAUACGAUUGUCGUGUCCGUCAUCAACUCGAGCCCUCAGGGCAUGGAGGCUGCCUUGGAGUUCGUCAUUGAAAACUGGGCUGAAAUUCAACCCAGAGUGCAAGGCUUGACCGGAACAACAAACAUCCUCAAUGCUUUUUCCAGCAGGCUCACAACUCAGGCGCAUUUAGACAAGAUCAACGAGCUGGUCAGCCGCCACCAAGCCAUCUUAACAGCCGGAGAGCAGGCUUCUAUCGGUGCCAUCAGGGAGAACAUCGCUGCCUCCAUCUCCUGGUCUACUGACAACUACGCCGGGGUCAACUCCUGGCUCAGUGUGACCUUCAGGAACAGCGCGACUGCCAUCACUUCUAGUUUUGUAGUCCUGUUCUGUGUUAUUGUAGCUGUAUUUAAUUGUUGAAUUAAUUAAAUUAGUAUAAGGAA